GCGGGUUUUAAAGUAACCUAACGUAACCUUCCGUAACGGGUGAAUGAAAAGGUCUGAAAAUUAAGCUCAGUAUUUAUCUUCAAACCAAGGCACUUUAGUAUAAAUAUUUAACGAGGACAAACCAGUAGGUCCAGGCUCCAGUCCUCAGCUGAUCCCGGUAGUGUUGCACAGUCAUGUCUGCAGAUGCCGACGGCCACUUCAUGUACUUCGCAUUUGGAAGUAAUCUGUUGAAGGAAAGACUGCAACUGGCAAAUCCUACUGCGGUAUUUUGCACUACCGGCCGACUGAAGGACUAUAAGCUGAACUUUGGCCUCUGGGAGGAACAUGUGGAUAACGUCUGGCACGGCGGCGUGGCCACCAUUGAGUUCUGUCCAGGCGCAGAAGUGUGGGGAGUCAUCUGGACUUUGAGCAACAAAAACCUCACAAGCCUAGACAACCAGGAAGGGGUGCGCCAAGGAAAGUACUCUCCACUGGAGGUGACAGUGGAGACCGAGAAGGGCCUGAUGCUCUGCAGGACGUAUCAGAUGAACAACUUCUGCACAUGUCCUCCUUCUCCUCAGUACAAACAGGUGGUGUGUUUAGGUGCAGAGCAGAAUGGACUACCGAUGGAAUACUUGAAGAGACUGAAGGUCAUUCAAACCAAUAGCUACAGCGGCCCAUCCAUACUUGAUCAAAUCAAAUCAGUUAUGAAGUAGUUUUGCAUAAAAUAAACUAUGAUAAUAAUGAAUGAGACAUAAUAAGAAUGUCUUAAUGAUGGUAUAUUUUAAUAUAAAGGAAAGCUUCAGGGAAUGCCUUUUUUUUCCUCAACAGUGGCCAAUAAAGUUUGUUACGUAGAACAGUUGUUGAGUUUUCAGAUGUCUAUGUUGAAAACAUACAGGUUUGAAAUAAUUCUUGUUCCACUGUGACAACAUUUGUCAUAAAUGUGACUUGUGAAGCUGUCUAGGUUUUCUUGUUUACAAACAUGUUUCAAAAACUGAGGAUGACUCGCUUGAUAAAUUGCAUGAAGAAAUAAACUGUAUUCAGAUGAAUGUAAAAAAAAAAAAAAAAGAAAAUUUUCUUAAUAAGUAACAAUAAUGUCAAGAAACAAUGAAGAAACGCUUAAUAUUCCAAGAAAAGAAUAUCAAAUGAAGCGUGUUGAGGAACUGUUACAUUUAGUUUCUAC